CUUCACCCAGCCCCAGGUGUUCCAGUUUCGGUUGAAGUGCUUCUCUCCGAGGAUUAGCCCCUGAAAUACUAAGUCCAUAUCAAACAGCCAAUCAUGCUGACCGCCUGCCAAGUAACGCUGCUCGCUGGAUGUCUGGCUCUGGUCACCAGCUCGGUUCGGGCCCAGUUCUUCUACCACCAGGCUUUGGGCCUGCCGGCUGCGCACGCUUACCAGCCGGCCAACCCGUACCAGGGAUAUGCCACUGCGGAUGCCCAUCCCUCGGUGGUCCGGAAUGCCCAGUGGGAGUCGGAACUGCCCGCCGAACUGUCGAAGAGUGCCCGAUUCUACAGUGAUCCCGUGAUCGCCGCCAACCUGGCCAAGGAAUCGCUGCUGACAAAGAAGGAAAUGGCAGUGGUGCAUCGCGAGGCUGAGAAAAUUCCACGGGAACAGGUCUACAAGCUGUUCAAGAACGCCGGCUACCUGAAUCGCAGAUAGAAACCUUAAAGCUGCAGCCGUACCCAGAUGAGUUCCG